GGCGCCGCUGGCUUCUCGGGGUCCGGCCGGGCCGCACUCCGGCGGCCGCGGCGCGAUGGAGGCGCCGGCCGAGCUGCUCGCGGCGCUGCCCGCACUGGCCACCGCGCUGGCGCUGCUGAUCGCCUGGCUGCUGGUGCGGCGCGGGGCGGCCCAGAAGUCCGCGCCCGGGGGACCCGGGAAGGCCAAUGGACGGCGGCCGGCGGAGCAGGAGGACACCGAGCCGAGAAAGGAGGAGAAGCGGCAGCUGGACAGGAAGCCGGACAUGGCCCAGGCAGAGUCUGAGGAGGACACCGGAGGCGAGAGCGUCUCCUUCCACUACAGCCCAGGGAAGCUGCGGGGCAACCAGUACAAGAAGAUGCUGGCCCAGGAGGAGCUGGAGGCCGAGCAGAGGAUCGAGCUGACCUCUGACCUCACCUCCCUGUAGGGCCCCCUAGACCCGAGCCACAAACAUUCUUGCAAACCCCCGUGAGCGCAGAAGGAGCAGCUGGCCGCCAUCUUCAAGCUCCUGAAGGACAACAAGGACACAUUUGGGGAGAUGAGUGACUACGACAUCCAGGAGCAGCUACGCCUCUACGACAUGUGACCCCCCGCC